CUGGAGCUGAGUGAUAAUAGGAUUUCUGGUGGCCUUGAAGUUCUAGCAGAGAAAACUCCCAACCUGACACACUUGAACCUAAGUGGCAACAAGAUCAAAGACAUCAAUACCCUGGAGCCCUUGCACUUCGUGGUUCUGAUGGGAACAGAUUUGAUCCCAGUUUGAGGCUGGGCCAGUAGUUAAUGGCUCCUCAGUCUGGAAAAGCAGCAGCCAGUUGCUAAAAGAAGCGUGAAAUGGGGCUGGAUGAGUAAAACUGUGGAUGCUCAGUGCCCAGCUGAGAAGGGACCGGGAAAGGGUCGGAGGCAGUUGGAGAAAAAGUUGCCAAACCUCCACAGUCUGGACCUGUUCAACUGCGAGGUGACGAUGCUCAUCAACUACCGGGAGAGCGUGUUCGCCCUCCUGCCCCAGCUCACCUACCUGGAUGGCUUUGAUGCUGACGAGCAGGAAGCCCCUGACUCCGACCCUGAAGCAGAUGGGGAUGCACUGGAAGAUGAUUAUGAGAAUGGGGAAGUAGAAGGUGAGGAAGAGGAAGAUGAUGAGGAGGAAGAUGAUUUGGAUGAAGAAGUCAUUGAUGACGAGGAAGAUGAAGACGAUGAUCUGGAAGGUGAAGAGGAGGAGGAUGGAGUAGAUGAUGAGGAGGAAGAUGAGGAGGAGGAUGGUGAGGAGGAUGAAGAAGAUGAAGCUGAGGAGGACCACCCGUGUGGGGAGAAGAGAAAACGAAGUCUAGAGGAUGAAGGAGAGGAAGAUGCAGAGGACGAAGAGGAUGAUGAGGAUGACUGAUCCCAGCGAGCCAAUCAGUUUUACAGACUCUGACUGUGCUUGUCUUAACCUCCCCGUUGUGUCUGUGUGAGACUGUAAAUCCCUGUCUCCCACUCCUCCUCCUCCCCCUUUGUAUGGCUGCAGCGUCCACAAUAUAUUUUUUUAAGAUUUAGAAUACUGUAGGCAUUCAGGGGAAUCUUCCAUACAAGGCUCACUUUUUUCUCACAAGUAUCUCAUGACCAAAGGCUUUUCUCCGUUCGGUGGUUUGUGCAGCAGCUUAAAAAAAAAAAAAAAAAAAAAAAAAAAAAAAAAUCUCCUCCUUAGGGUAUCUGUGUGUCCGAAAUCAGCUGUGCCACACUGGACCCAGAGCUCCAGCUGUCACCCUGCCAGCACAGAAGGCCUUUGCCACCCUCGUGCCCUCAGCCCAGGGCUCUGGAGAUGCUUUUUGAGCCACCUCGGGUGCAAAAUCUGGUUCGUCUGCGUGGACUCACAACGAUCCUGAGGGUGUCUCAGAUCUGAAAUCAUGGUGAUGUGAUCUCUGGACAUGCUUGAAGAUGCUUUAGUGCUGGGGAUGGGGGGUGCCUGGGGUUUUGGGGGGAGGGGGGAGGGAGGGGCUGCUUGCAUGACCUGGUACCUCUGCCGAUGCACCUUGCAGUAACCCUGCACUUGCUUUCCUAUUUUAUUUUAUAAACUGGAACAUUUUUCCCAAUGGCCACUUAAGAACCAUCCCUAGGGCUGUCCCAGGUGAGGGAGGUUUUUGUGGCUGUGUCUGUGCUGCGGGGAGCCCUGCAGCAGCUUUGGGAAGGGAUAGGGAAUGCAGGUGAGGGGAUACUGCUCCUCCACCCCUCAUUUCACACUGUACAGCCCUGUGCAGCCACCAUCACUGUGAUGCUCCUGCAGACCGUGUUAGCCUGGAAAUUCUCAGGGUCCUUCUGCCAGCCAGUGCCACCUCUGCACGGGCCCCUGGUGCCAGCCUGGCCUGGCCAUCCUCCUCUUCCUCCUCCCGGGAACAGAGCUCCUGCUCCCCCCUUGUGUCCCCGCUGUGGGGGUGGCACCCCGAGCUGGCUGGAGGGAGGACUGGGGGAAGCCAGCCGGGUGCAUGCAGCAUUCCCAACCCCAUUCCCACCUUCCCUGCCAUCCCAGAGGUGUCCAGCCAGCGCAUCCCUUGGGAGAAGGGCCCGGGGAGGGAGGUGGGGGCAGCCCGGGGGUGCAGACAAGCACUGGCACUUUGUGGCAUUCCCGCUGGGGCUCCGAGUGCCCCCGGGGCCGAGCUCCAGCCCUGCCCUCCCCUCCCGGGGGGCGUGGGGUGUGUUCAGCAGCACAUCCCCCUUCCCGUCUCGCUUUGCUGGUGUCUCUUGCAUUGUACAGUCGCUGUGACCAUUCGGAGAAGAAGUAAUCCUGUAAAAUGCAAACUGAGUAACUUAUAAAUGUUUAAGGAAUUUAAAAAAAAAAAAAGAAAAAAAAAAAGUCAGAGCAGCAGUUACUUCUAAUUUUUUUUCCCUGCAUUUUUAGCAGAUUGUAUGGAUUUUAUAUUAGCCUAGUAACUGUCAGGUUUUGAUUGGUCGGACUAGUCCCAGAAAUAAGGAUCUCCAGCCCUUUUGUAUCUUUUGUUACAAAAUUUGGAUAAAACUUUUAAUAAAGACUUCAGUUUUUAAAAA